UGUGCAGAAUUAAAAGCACAGACAGAACGCGACCAUCGGUAUGGAGCGAGAACUAUCAGCAGUGGUAUACCUGAUGAAGAUGCUUGUGACCAAGCGAAAGGUGUCAGAGAUUGAGCUUUUCACUGAGAAGCUGGCUAAUGCUCUAAAAGAGAAGUUCCAGGGACACUGGUAUCCAGAUAACCCCAGCAAAGGACAAGCAUACAGAUGCAUUCGCGUCAACAUGUGGAGCAGCUCUGAUCCAGAAAUCAUGCGAGCCUGUCAUGAGAGUGGGGUCAACUUCUGUGACCUUGGCCUGCCGCCCAUCCUCACCUUGUGGGUGGACCCCGGUGAGGUGUCUUGCAGGAUCGGAGAGAACAGUCCUUCCUUUUUGGUGGCUAAGUUCUCGCAGACAGACGACAAAGAAAAAGACACACGGUCAGCAAAAAAGAAGUCUCGUGCUGUGAGGAACAAUAGUAGUUUCAUCUGUUCGGGCGUGCCUUCAACGUCAGCCUGAACUAUACACUACAUGAAUGUCACAAGGACAGGACACUCUUGUUUGCCUGAGGCCUUCCAACAUAAAGAAAUGAAUUAAUCUCAUUUCUGCUGCACAUUGUAGUAAACUUAGAUUUGUAACAGAGUUUGAUUCCGAUACUGUACAUAGAUAUCCAGUCUUCAUUUGUUUCAAAUUGCUUUACAAGUUACAACUUUUGUUAUAAAAUACUUUGUCUAUUUGA